GUGUGGAGGUGAGACGAGGACGCUUUUUUGCUUUACCUCUCUCUGUUUACACGAUUCUUCUUCUUCUUCUUCUUCGUCUUUCUAUGUCCAUUGUCAUUUACUUCUUCUCUACACUUUAGGGUGAUGACAGUGUAAUGUCUUAUGCUCAUCUUCAUCAUCAUUGUUGGAGACAUUCCUCUUCACGUCUAUGGAUUUUAACGCAGGAGUUCCUAUGUCCUCUCUUUCACCUCUGAUGAAUCAAGAGGCAAUGUGGCAAAUGAAUUUGAGUUCAGAUGAAACAAUGGAAACAGGUUCUUACCCUGAACGACCAGGAGAGCCUGAUUGUUCUUAUUACAUCAGAACUGGUCUUUGUAGAUUCGGCUCAACUUGUCGGUUCAAUCACCCUCGUGAUCGUGAACUGGUUAUAGCCACUGCUAGGAUGAGAGGAGAAUACCCUGAAAGGAUUGGUCAGCCUGAAUGCGAGUACUAUUUGAAGACAGGAACAUGCAAGUUUGGAGUAACAUGUAAGUUUCAUCACCCUAGGAACAAAGCUGGGAUUGCUGGAAGAGUCUCACUCAAUAUGUUAGGCUAUCCUCUACGUUCUAAUGAGGUUGAUUGUGCUUAUUUUCUAAGAACCGGACACUGUAAAUUUGGCGCCACUUGUAAAUUCAACCAUCCUCAGCCUCAACCAACGACCAGCCUCAUGGUUCCUACAUCAGGCCAACAACAGUCUUACCCUUGGUCAAGAGCCUCUUUUAUCGCCAGCCCUCGGUGGCAAGAUCCCUCUGGCUUCACACCAUUAAUGAUGCCUCAAGGAGUUGUAUGGAACCCUUACAGCGGUCAGGUCGGCUCAGUUUCUCCUUCAGGUACUGGAAACGAACACAGCAACUAUAGAAACAUGCAGAAAAACGAGUCAGGCUCCUCUGUUCAGCCUAGUGAGAAUGUUUUCCCGGAGAGACCAGGACAACCUGAAUGCCAGUUCUACAUGAAGACAGGAGACUGCAAGUUUGGCACAGUUUGCAAGUUUCAUCAUCCUAGAGAUAGACAACCUCCUUCUCCUGAUUGUCUCUUGAGUCCCAUUGGCCUCCCUUUACGCCCUGGAGAACCGGUGUGUGUGUUCUAUAGUCGCUAUGGGAUCUGCAAGUUUGGUCCAAGCUGUAAAUUUAAUCACCCAAUGGAAGUAUUCGCGUACGACAACACAGCUUCAGAGACGGACGAGGUUGUGGAAACAUCAGGUGGACAUUCCAGAAGAGUCUCAGUGUCUGAAACAAGACAAGCAACAACAACAACCUCUGGUCAAGACACUCCCAUUGAUACACAGCAGCAGUGAGUGAAGAAGAGAGCUUAAAACAAGCUUUGAUUUUUCAUAGAGAAAUCUGUAAAUUCUCGUUUUUUUUACGUUUUAAUCUGAAGCAUUUAUAUUAAUAAUAAUGUAUAGAGGAGGUGAUUAUACAACUGAUCUUGAUCUGAUAGCCAUUGUUGUAAUAUUCUUUUGGUGGAUCAGGUGAAUAAUUUGAUAAAUGUAUAACCGGUUAAGAUCUG